AGUGUCGAAAUAGAGUCGAUAGUUGAGGUAGGUCCUCAGUAUUAACCAGACGUAUAGUUAUACAGAACUUAUAAAGACGGGUAACCAUUGUCUAAUCUAAUAACAGGCAUUCUAUUUACCCUAGUAAGAUUUUGAUGUAGAGUGAUAUGGUUAGUGUUAUGCGGGGAAAUGACCAUUUUUCAACCUUUGAAUUCUAAUUGAGUCAUGUAGCAGAAUAGAAGUGAAACUACACUUUUUUGUUUCACAAUGCGUCAUUGUUUUAGACGUAUGAAAUUCGUCUAUACAAGUAGGUGGGAAGAUAGGUCUGGUCGAUCCAAGAUGACGCUUUAAUUUUGAAAAGUGCUGAUUCGUCUCACAGUUGAGUGUAUCACAGAUUUAUUUAUGCCACAAAGUCAUCUGACAAGUAUUACUCAUUCAAAAAUUGACAUGGAAUAAAUUAAAGGAACUAUAGUUAUUAUAGCUAUUAUAAAAAUGCAGACUUGGAAAAUUAUAGGCAUCAGGAGAUGAAUCACAUAUUUAUACGAGGGCUGAAAUGCUGUUUCGCCGUCCGGGCUGAAUCAGGUGGUCGUCUUAAGGGAUCAUAGCCUGAGUCUUUGACUUGAAGUUUGAUCCACAAAACAGUGGAGCUGCGUUCCUAUGGUUUCCAGUGAUGAAAACAGGUCUAUACGCUUUUCUAUGCUUUCGGAUUAUGGCGCAUAUGUGCACAAUAGGUUUGGGAUCAGGGUUUUCCAGCUCCUCUUGGUAAACCUACGUGUUCACCAGUCUGGUCUUAAGCGUAAGAUGUUUGCAUUCUCCUUUUCGCUUUUUUGAGCAACACCCCCGGAUUAUAGUAAUGUCAAUAAGAUGUCAUUAUCGGCCCAUUUUAUUAACUCCAGUAUUUUUACCGAUUACUUUCACUUAGAUAUAAAGUGUCUGUAAUUUGUCUUCUGUGUAAUCUUGUUCACUAUUAGGUUGAUGUAAAAAUUAUGGUAAAUGCAAAUAACACUGUUGAGUUAAAAGAAAGGUUUCUUUUCCCCGACAGGAAAGUUUUCACUGUCAAGAAACUGAAUCCUGAUGUAUAUACUCUCAACCAGUGGUUUGACUUCAUUUACAUACUUUUAUAACUCACACGAAGAACACAUAUCUUGAGUUAUUUUGAUCUGUAGCGAUAAAGAUAUUUUCAAGCUCAUUUUAGGUAUUACAUUGUAAGGAUUCAGUAAUUGUAGCACUAUGAGUGGAAUGCGUUUACGCAUGGAAAAUAGCACUUAGAUUUUCUGCGGUUAACUCGACAAAAGUGUGUUGACGUCGGUGUUGAAAGUUCUCAACUGAUUAUAUAUUUCGCGAUGAAGUUAUGAGCUAGUUGUCUGUGGUUUCCAUUGUUUUAUAGGUGACAAUAUCUGGUUAUGGGGACUACUGUUACGUUAUAUUGUUAGUACUGUGUUAAAGGUGGUUUAGUUUCUCGUGAGUACUGUUGGACAGUUUAAAUUAUCUCGUGUUAGUACAGUUUUCCUUUAUAGUUAUAACAUUUAUCCUUUUAUAAUUGCUACUUCUAAUCGCACUUGUCAUUGUUCCAUUUUAUUGUAUUUCCUGUAGAUGUACAGUUUUCCCCUGUCUUCAAUCCUUGAUAAAUUUUGUGCAUUUCAUAAAAAGUUUGAUAAGGUCGUUGUAUUUGGUGACUGUCAUGACGAUAUUGCUAAAUUCGUCCUGAAUCACCGGACGAAUCUUGGACCAAUAAAAGCUAUUUGGAGCAAUAUUAGUGGAAACGACAAGUGGUGCACUUCAUUCCCAAUGACAGGGUGGAUAGAGUCAAAGGGGUUAACAGAUGAUGUCUUUGAAUAUUUGACGCUACCUCGAGAGAAAGUUAUGGUGGAACAAAUUGACAAAAUUGAUGAAAUCUACGGCUUAAAUUCCUCUCCAUCGUUACCUAUUCAACUUGAUGGACUUACGGAGGCAAGAAAACAACUCAUAAGCCAAAAAAUAAAAUCUCAACACAAAUAUUGUCGGUUGUAUAUAUCUUCCUAUUAUGGAGAUAUGCACACAGAACGGAACUUGAUUUUUAGAGAUACGUUACCAAAGUUACGCCGAAAAUUCUCUUCACCCUUGAAGAUAAACUUUGAUCAUGUUGAUUUACGUUUCGAAGCAUCUGAAGCAGCCUUGCAUACAGUUAAAGGCUUGGAACUGUGUUUAAGACAAGCGACAGCCUGUGAUAUAUUCGUUUUGCUAUUGGGUGACAAUUAUGGCUGGAUUCCAGAUGAAGCUUUAGUGAGAGCUUUACCCGACUCAAUUUUAUCGGAAGUUAACAAGUUUUAUAGGCCAGGAAUGUCUGCAAUAGAGAUGGAAUAUCAUAUGGCAAAACUGGCUGCAACAUGUAAAAGUUCUGAUGCUGAAGCAACUUAUGAAAUACUUCGUCCAAGAAUUUUCGUAUUCAUUCGAAAACUACAGUUGAGCAAUAUACCAACUGAACACACAGAAGUACUUUGUGAUCAUGAUUCUGUGAGAAUUCAACGUCUAAAUGACUUUAAACAACUCAUCGUGAGGGAUAGAGUUGUUUCACAUAGUUAUCCUUCUGAGUUUAUUGGUGUAUUUGAUAAUCAUCCAACAGUUGGAAAUCUGGAUGAGUUUGCCAGUCUGUUUUUAACCACAAUUGAAUUAGCUAUUCCGCAGUUAUACACUUUUCGCAUGUCGGAAGAUAGUAAAAUGACAGAUCCAUCUGGAUCAGUAAAUAUUCCGGACUUUCUAAAAAACUACGUGAAUUCACUGGCUAGUAGAAUAAGUCCUCGACAUUUAUUAGGUGUACAACAUGCUUUUAAAAAUAUCAUUGAACAGAGUCGUCACAGUCGUCAUCCUAUUUGUGCAGAUAUAAAGUCCAGUCAGUGUUCUGGGAAUUCGCAGUCGGAAAUAGAAAUGAAAGGUGGACAAUCAGGUUCCCAAAGUUGUGUCGGUGGUAUUUUGAUUAUUACUGGAAGUUACGGAAGUGGCAAAAGUACUCACUUAGCUGCAUUAGCAAUGUCGUUGGCAAAAAAUCAUCAACAUUUUACAACUAGUGAUUCCAAGGACUGUUCAACAAGCAGCAGUAAAUCAUCAAAAUCUGUCUUGAACAGACACAGUUUAGAGAAAUACGAAGUUUUAAUUCAUUUUUGCAACGGUUUACCAUGCAAGAAUGUGUUACCCUGUAGACAAUUAUCUAAAAUACUUGAUAAUUGGAUUGUAUCUCUCAUUAAGCAAUUGCAGAGUUUUACCAGGUUUUCUGCCACUCACAAAACAUACCUUUUCAAGGGUGAUGCUCAUUUCAGGCGUUAUAAUGGCUUGCAUGAUUAUCGAAGCUUGAAACUGAAAAUAUUCUAUUUCAAACAAAUAAUCAGUUUCCUGGGUUGUAUACGAAAAAUGAAUUAUGUCUUCUUAGUUGACGAUAUUGAAUAUCUUGAUCCAUUCCUACUGGAUUGGUUGCCGUCACGACUACCACAAAACAUUCACUUUAUUUUCACUUGUGAUUCAAACUGUAAAAUUAUUGAAAACCUAGCUACUGGAUACAACUGUCAGUUGUUUCGUAUUAAAGAAUUGACAUCAGAAGAACGUCGUGUUGUUUCACUCACUUAUUUACGUUCCAAUGGAUUGUGUUUAAUUGACUCCCAACUACUAAAUCAGAUCGCCGUUUCGAUUGCAACUCAUGAAACACAAAGUCCGAUGUAUUUAGACUUGGUUUGCAGAUAUAUACGAUUGCGUAAAACACACAAAGAGGUUCAAGCCUAUCUUAAUGCUUUACCAACCACAGAGUAUCAGUAUGUGGAACAAAUUAUAAAAAGUGCUGAAUUAGAGUGCGGACGUGAUUUGACGCUAGCAGCGAUUUGUCUACUGUAUUUCUGUCGACAACCAUUAUCAACAAAUGAUCUUUUUCUUUUGUUGAAUAAAUGGUUAUUCAUAUCUGAGGGUAUGACAGAAUAUGAAACAACGUGGGAAAAUGAUGCCAUAUCAAUGCUUUCAGUAUUAAAAGAUAAACCAACUAAUUUAAACGAUACUAUUAUACAUGAAAAUAAUAUCAAGAAGUUUCUGAUAAAUCCGGAUACGAGCAUGGCGUUGGGAGUGAACAAUCCAAAACGCUUUCGUUUGUCUCCACUUACAUUUCAUAUUCUUAUUGAUGAACUUCGACCAUUACUUUCUAUCUCAUAUAGUGACACAGAAGAGGAUAGUCUGUAUUCAUCUUCUUUUGAAUUAUCACAGAAGACAGAAUUAACUACUAAGAUUUCCGUGUGGAAUUUAUGUUCAGAAAAUUUAUGUUUUAUGAGUCAGUCUGUUAAGCAAAAGGCUUUGGAUAUUUCGCUGAAAAUAUUAACCAGUUCUCUGGAUACAUCCAGCUUUGAUUGGUUGCGAAGUCCUGUGGAAGUGGCUGGUGAUAGUAAUUUAAAAGACGCUUUUGUUAUGACUAUUCACAAGACAUUAGCUAAUAGUCUACCUGAUUUGGAUGAUAAGUUGUAUCAUUUACUUCAUGCUGGUGAACUACACGUUAUUUGCCAUCUGCUCACUAGUCCUUCGUUUAUUUCUAAGAUGUUAAUUGAACAUCCUUCAACACUGAUGAAUUUUCUUGAUGGAUACCCUACAAAUGAUUUAUUUAUUCAACGAAAAUGGAAAAUUGCACUAGACAUGUGCUUUUUUAAUGAUAAGAUAAAAGAAAUCCACAGAUUUAUUCAAAGAAACUAUGAGUUUUUAUUGAAACGUCCAACUUUAUUUGCUGAAUUAUCUAUCAGUCAAAAUUGUAGUGAUUGGAUUCGUACUUUAGGAUUAACUCUUCUACAGCUAAGUGAUCCUGAUGCACAACAUCUGACGGAGAGUAAUCAAAUUAGUAUGUUUUAUCGUAUCAACUCAUCAACUUCUACAUUAAUUCAUCCUGUCCCGCCAAAUAUGAUUUACAACCCAGUUGUUUCUUCAAAUGGUUUCAUAGAUGUGCCUACAAGUGCUGAAAUAAAUUUAUCUGUGAAUUUAUUGGUUUAUGGAACUAGAUGCGGUACAAUCGGUUUUAUUAACAUUUCUAAUAUGCGAGAUAUACUUUCGUUUACUGGGCAUACUUCAAGUGUUCAGAGCUUAUGUCUCUUACAACCACUUUCUCCUGGACAAGCGAAAAAUGCACAGUCAUCACAACAAGUUUGGUUACUGACUACAUCGGAAAAUGGUGAUGCUUUCAUCUGGGAUGUGACUGACCUUAUUCAUUCUCCUGAAUCUAAAGUAUGCAAACCAAUCAUUUCACAGAUAGCCUCUUUAUGUGGAUACCAUUAUCUCUGUGUAACAACAUCUGCUUGGCAUUCAAAACGUCAAAUCAUUGCUACUGGUGGUUUAGAUUGUACAGUUUAUCUUUGGGAUAUUUCCAAACUUGGCUUUAGAUCUGAAAUUUCAUCUACACGAAGUGGAAAGUGUAAUAAACUUCAUCCCUUUAAAUCGUUGCAUACAACAACAUAUCCAAUUAGUUCAAUGUCUUUCCGAUUGCCUGAUAUUUCAAACAAGUAUCAGGGAGAUGUCAAUCGUCUUCAGGAUGUUUUGGCCGUUGGAUGUUGGGAUGGAAUGGUUUAUUUUUAUAGUUUAGAAUCCUUAUCUAUUGUAAGGUCACUGUCUGUAUCAUCGUCGUCGAUUUGUUCACUUGCUUAUUCACCGGAUGGUGGAAAUAUCUUAGCUACUAUGGAUAGAAAAGGUGAACUUAUGCUUUGGAAUGAUGAUAUACUUUGGUAUCAAACUGGUUUAAUACAAGAAUUUCCAGAUGAAAUCGAUAUGUUUUCUGAUACAGAUGAAUCGAAAGCUUUGAUUCCAAACCAGUCUGGGAGAAUAUGUUUUUCAAAGCCAACUGGUCAGUAUAUUUUUCAAACUGGUGGUGGUCAAUUCUUAGAUAAUUAUAUCAAUAUCUGGGAUACUAAACUUUGGGCAGCAUUUGGUCCAUGGAUUCAUGUUAAUCCAUCUGUUGUUAGUAGUAAUAAUAAUGCACAAAAUUCAGUAUACGUAACAUGUUUAACAAUAAUGUCAUCGAAUUUUCACAUUGCUCUGGGUUGGAGUGAUGGUAAUUUGACUAUUGUUGGCAUAUACGAUGGUAGGAUAGUUAACCAUCUAAAUUUAUCUGAAGGAGAAUAUCAUUCUUCUGUACAGUGUAUUGCAACUGUCAAUAUAAGUCUUAAAUCAAAAUACCGUGGUUGCCUUCUUAUUGUUGGAUAUUCGUCUGGUGCUGUGAAGAUGUAUGUUUGCACAUUUGAACCGAAAAUCAAUCCUGAUAGUGAUCAUUACGUAUAUUUGUCACCAUCUUUAAUAUCAGAAAUACGUUUCACACUCAUUGACACUUUAUGGUCACAUUCUCCUGAUCAUAAUGUACAUACUAGUGGUGAAUUAAAUAGUGGUACUUUAUGCGUAUCUGGUCUUUACUGUGUUGCUGCUUCUGGUGGUAGUAAUUGUGAGGUUUGGUUUCAUUUUAUCGGUCGUCGAACUGGAAGUAAAAUUAUGAAAUCUAUUUGUUUAAAAGAUCACAAUGCUCCAGUAACUAUGAUUAGUUUUGAAAGUAAGCAUUUUGCAACAGCCUCUAAAAAUAGGCAAGUUGCAGUCUAUCAUUAUGAUCAAAGAGAACGGACUGUAGCCUUGAUGCAUUUCAUAAAUAAUGCUGUAGAAACAACGAUAACCUCUUUACAUCUAAUGCAUAUAUUUUGUGGUAUUAAAACAGUCAGUUUAUCGGUGUAUAUCGGUAGCAGUGAUAACUCGUUGACCAAUUGUGCAAUAAAGAAUGAUGGUUAUCAGAUUAUACAAACACUUCGUGCAAAUAGAUCUCCGAUAGUGCGUAUAGAAUUUUCAUCAAAUCAUAUGUUCGUUGUUUCACCUGAUGGUGAAAUAAGUGCUUGGAAAUUUGAUAAAUAUGGUGUUUUACAAUUCUCACAUCGUUUUAAUGUUUGUAACGAUCUGCAAUCCAUGAAUAAUGAUCAUCCUGGGAAACUAGUUCAAUUACUUUGUGUUGAGCGUUUCUGUGAUUCUGAUCCACGUUGGGAUGCGUCUACUAAACUGUAUCCUCAGUCAUCUGAUUUGAUUGAUGAAUUAGAAUCAACAGAUGAAGAUGGAGAUAAAAAUUUGUUGGAUCCAGAUGCUGAGGUUACUACACCAAGUGAAGCUGACGCGACACCAAGUACUUAUGAAGAUUCUCAGGAUGAGUUUUUUGAAUGUGGAUACACUGUAACUACUAAUGCUGUUGGGGAGAUUGGUGAAACUCAAAUGCCUGAUAAUAAUUCCUGCGAUAAAUCUUUUCAUCUUCUCAAUUCAUCUAGGAAAGGCGAUUUAGUUUACCGUGAUAGUUGCAUUGAUUCAACUGUCCGAUUUCUAUGUGGCCUAAUGGUAUCAUAUGAAAACUCAUCAACAUAUGCACCGUUUAUUCCACAGUAUCGUGGUACGCUAAGUGGACAUUCAGGGCUGACUCCAUGUGCAUUGACUUCUGACUGUUCAACGGGUAAUGACGAUGACUGUGUUAUUGUGACUGCUGCUGGUCAAACAGUCAAUGAUUCGGGAAGUGAUAUUCGACUUUGGAGUAUGCCUUUGAAAACCCAAGCAUUAAGCCAUCAACCAAAUCAACACAGUGGACAGAUAACAUGUUUGACUCUACUGAAAAUCACACAUGACUACAGCAUUUGUAUAUCUGGUUGUAUUGACGGAAGUGUAAUGUUUUGGUCGGUUAAAAAUUUGUCGCUUGUGAACACUGAACAGAUUUCACUAGCUACUUUAGUGCUUAGUGAGCUAUUUCAAUUUAAACCAUUAGCACAUUUCUUUUGUUCAUUAAUAAGACCAAAAUAUCCUGUGGUUGAUAUUGUUACACAAAGUUAUACAGAACAUGAAUCCAAACUAAUUGUGCAUUAUUUCAUUUUUAUUGCUUAUGGUAUAAAAUUAUGGAGAAUGCAUAUCAAAUUAAAUCUAUCCAAUCAGUCGACAGAAGAUGUGGAAAAUACUUUUGAACAAAUUUUUUCUACCAAGGGUAAACUAGGCAUGUCACUUAUAGACUUGGAUGUCAUUUGGUCAUCUGAAACAAUUGCUAUGUGUACUGAAAUAGGCAGCUUCAUUACAAAGCAAUGUGAAAUUGUUGCUGUUCUCGUUAAUGGUGAUGUCAUAAUUGUAAGCAGUAAUGAACGUGAAAGUUUUUCAUUUGAUCAAAGCAUUGUACAAAGUGGUGCCUUAUGCUCAUCUCUGCAUACGUGUAAUGCUGGGAUAAUUGCCACGUAUUCAGGAACUGCUCUACUGUGUAAACAUACUGAUGAUAGUCAUACAUUUAAACUUUUCCCAGGAUAUAUUGGUUUGUGUGGCAAAGAAGUAUGGAUUAAAUCGUUGAGUACGUUACAUAACUCACAAUCAGAAAAGAAUAAUGUCACUAGUGAAAUCAGCAAGUUGUUGCAACCUGUUUGUACUCCUUUAUUUUCCAUUGAGUUCAUUGUCUCUGCGAUUGAAUGGAUUUUGUUAUCCCCAUUAUUUGACAUCGAAAACCUACCAGUAAAUGUUCCAGAGGGUUGCGCACUGAAAAUUCAUCCAUUCGCUUUUACAUACCAAUUGUACGUUCAUAAUGCAUAUCUAAAUAAAGACCUUCAUAUCUCUUGGGUAAAGAUCGUUAUUCAUCGUCCAUGACAACAUUAUUUGUCAUACAAAUUUCCAUCUGUAAUCAAACUAAUGGGUUCAUGUAUCUUUUCAUCGAAUGUUUAAGCUUUUUUUUACUAACUGUUUAGUUACUGCAUUGUAAGGAUAGUUUAGGAGAUAAAAGUCCUAAUUAGAAUGAAUGGAUACGAUAAUAAGUGUAUUUUACACUGUAGACGCUAGAUGUACUCAUUUGACGUACACCAAAAAAAACAGAACAACUAUUCUAUAAUGCAAAACACGGAGAACGUUUCACAAUCGGUACUUUUCGGUAGUGAUCUGUGCGGUGUGCGGAUUUCACCGUGUACCUUCAGUCUAACCGGUCGACUUAAGUAGUGUAUGUCAACACUCAAUGUUGAAUGAUGAUGAAGGCUGUAGGCUUAUAAUUUUAUAGAAUCAUUUCGUGCUACAAUGGCCUUUAUUUAAUGCGGAAAGAUUAUAAAUUUUAGCGUUACAUAUAUCAGUUCCCAUUGUUUCAUUUGUAUUCCGAAUGUUGUAAGUUGCUGUGAUUAGAGAAUUUAGGUUUUUGUGUUCAGUGUUUACAUCACCAAAUUUUACUACUACCAGUGAAGUCAUAGUUUGAGUUCGACGCAGAACAAAAAGUUAGUCAGUUAAUUAGUAGGACUUAGUUUCCCUUCGUGUGGCUAUGAUCCACAGUUAUUGUGUGAGGGGCUGAUGAAACGACCCAGUUGCUCAGGUUUAAGUACAUGCAGCGAGAUUUGAAUUCGGGUCUUACUGGCUGAAAUUCGAUUGCUUAAUCCAAUGGACUACUACACACUGUGUGCCUAUGCUCUCUUUGGUAACGUGGAAAUUCGCUUUCACGAUUUAAUCGAAUUGACUUCUGGUGAGGAUAAAGGUAAUCUCAAAGUGUUUUUGUGCAAGGAUACUACAGAUAUUUCAUCUGCAUAAAAGAUCGAUAAAACACUUAAGUGCAUGAGAUGAUAUAGGCAGUCGGCAGACAAAUUUACCUCUCUUUAAUUUCCACCUCCCUGAUAAAAAUGGGACAGAAGCGGUCAAUUGCAACUUUUAAUUCUGUCAGCUAGUCAAUGUUAUCCACGAUCUUAUUUGAUUUUUUAAAGCAUGUUUAAAGAAAUACUAUAAUACUGCAUUUGGCUGUCUUAUGGAUAGUUUUACAUAGCUAGAAAAUCUCUUGUGCUAUUUAGCUACUCUGUGUGCGAAAACAGCCUGAGAUUAUUUUUGUCGUCAUCCGAUUUUACUUUUUAUCACAGCCGAAAGUUAUAUUGUAUAACGUGAUCCUUACACCUAUAUUAAUAUAAGUAUAUUGAAAGUUAUAAAUGAUAUUGCCUUCCUUUUCCUUUAGAUUAUAUUUAGCUGAAUGUCAAAU